GGAUCAUUUACUCUAUGUGAAACCAAACCCAAAACUUCAACUUACAACUCACCCUUUAUUCCAUUUUCACGUACGUCACUCUUACACAGACCCAACCUUCACUGCCGGCAUGUUCGCCGGAGGAAUUUUCCGACAUGGCUUUCUCACUGCUCUGCUCUUCCUCUGCCUCGUUACUUCCUCCCUAUCAGAAGAGCUUCAAUCACUCAUGAAGCUGAAGUCGUUUCUCCAAAGUUCAAAUGAAAGCGUUUUCAGUUCUUGGACAGAAGCAAAUUCUCCAUGCCACUUCACCGGGAUUGUGUGCAAUUCCAAUGGUUUUGUUUCAGAAAUCAACCUUGCACAGAAACAACUAGUGGGUACUCUCCCUUUUGAUUCAAUAUGUAAGCUUCAAUCGCUUGAGAAGAUCUCUUUGGGGUCCAACAACUUGCAUGGAAGCAUUAGUGAGGAGUUGGUGAAUUGCACAAACUUGAAGCACUUGGAUUUGGGUGUGAAUUCGUUCAAUGGACCAGUGCCUGAUUUGUCACCUUUGAACAAGUUAGAGUACUUGAAUUUAAAUGCUAGUGGAAUUUCUGGGUCAUUUCCAUGGAAGUCGUUGGAAAAUCUAACUAGUCUUACAUUCCUAAGCCUAGGAGAUAACAUAUUGGAUAAAUCUCCUUUCCCUUUGGAGGUCUUAAGGCUUGAAAAAUUGUAUUGGCUUUACCUCACAAAUUGUAGCAUCACAGGAAAUAUUCCAUUGGGUAUUGGGAAUCUCACUCAGCUUAUUAAUCUUGAACUUUCUGACAACUAUUUAUCUGGUGAGAUUCCAGCUGAUAUUGGAAAGCUUCAGAGGCUAUGGCAACUUGAGCUAUAUGAUAACAGUUUGAGUGGGAAAAUUCCAGUGGGAUUUGGUAACCUUACCAAUCUUGUUAACUUUGAUGCUUCAAGUAACCAACUUGAAGGAGAUCUUUCUGAGCUAAGGUCCUUGACGAGCCUUGCAUCCCUUCAGCUUUUUUGGAACCACUUCUCUGGAGAAAUUCCAAAAGAGCUUGGAGAUAUCAAAAACCUCACAGAACUUUCUCUUUAUGGUAACAAUCUCACUGGUCCUCUUCCUCAAAAACUAGGAUCCUGGAUAGGCAUGGAAUUCAUUGAUGUUUCAGACAAUUCUCUUUCUGGUCCUAUACCACCUUACAUGUGCAAGAACAACCAAAUCACUGACCUAGCCCUGAUGAACAACAGCUUCAACGGGACUAUACCAGAGACUUAUGCAAGUUGCACGUCUUUGCUUCGUUUUCCCCUAAGUAGGAACUCACUCUCGGGUGUUGUUCCCUCAGGUAUAUGGGGCUUGCCAAAUCUGGAACUGCUUGAUCUUAGUAUGAACAGUUUUGAAGGUCCAGUGACAUCUGAUAUUGCCAAAGCAAAAUCUCUAGCACAGCUGUUUUUAUCUGAGAAUCGGUUCUCGGGUGAGUUACCAGUGGAAAUCUCAGAAGCUGUUUCAUUGGUAUCAAUUCAACUGAGUUCAAAUCAAAUUUCUGGUCACAUCCCAGAAACCAUUGGCCAGUUGAAGAAACUAACUAGUCUUACUUUGAAUGAGAACAAUCUUUCUGGUAUUAUACCAGAUUCUAUUGGUUCAUGUACUUCUCUUAAUCAAAUAAACCUUGCUGGUAACUCUUUUUCUGGCUCAAUACCAGCUAGUAUUGGUUCUCUUCCUACCAUCAAUUCAUUGAACUUGUCCUCAAACAGGCUUUCUGGUGAAAUUCCACCAACUUUAUCAUCUCUCAGACUUAGCCUUCUUGAUUUGUCAAACAACCAGUUGUUUGGUUCCAUACCAGAAUCACUGGCUAUUUCUGCCUUCAAAGACGGGUUCAAGGGAAACCCUGGCUUAUGCAGCCAGACUUUGAAAAAUGUUAGGUCAUGUUCAUUGGAAUCCAGCAGCACCAGGAGACUCAAAAACUUUGUAGUCUGUUUCAUUUCUGUUUUAGUGAUUCUGCUUGUUGCUUCAUGCUUCCUCUUCACUAAACUGAGGCAGAACAAGUUUAAGAAGCCACUGAAGACUAAUUCUUGGAAUGUGAAGCAAUACCAUGUGAUAAACUUCAGUGAGAAUGAAAUCAUUGAUGAUAUCAAGGCUGAAAAUUUGAUUGGCAAAGGAGGAUCAGGGAAUGUUUACAAGGUUGUGCUUAAAAGUGGGGAAGAAUUUGCUGUCAAACACAUAUGGACUUCUAAUCCAAGUGACCAAGGAAGUUUCAGGAGCACCUCAGCUAUGUUAAGAAGGGGUUCCAUCUCACCUGAGUAUGAUGCAGAAGUGGCCACUUUGAGUUCUAUAAGGCAUGUGAACGUGGUGAAGCUCUAUUGUAGCAUCACAAGUGAAGAUAGUAGUUUGCUUGUUUAUGAGUUCUUACCAAAUGGGAGCUUGUGGGACAGGUUGCACACCUGUAAGAAGACUCAAAUGGGGUGGGAAGUUCGGUAUGACAUUGCAAUGGGUGCUGCUAGAGGAUUGGAGUACCUACAUCAUGGGUGUGAUAGACCUGUUAUACAUAGGGAUGUCAAAUCCAGUAACAUAUUGCUUGAUGAGGAAUGGAAACCAAGGAUUGCUGAUUUUGGACUUGCCAGGAUUGUGCAGGGAGAAGCAGGCAAUUGGACACAUGUCAUUGCAGGAACACUAGGAUACAUGCCUCCUGAGUAUGCCUACACAUGUAAGGUGACAGAGAAGAGUGAUGUUUACAGCUUUGGGGUAGUCCUGAUGGAGUUGGUAACAGGGAAGAGGCCUAUAGAGCCAGAGUUUGGAGAGAAUAAGGACAUUGUGUUUUGGGUAUGCAGCAAUAUUAGGAGCAAAGAAAAUGCACUAGAACUGGUGGAUCCUGCCCUUGCAAAGCAUUUCAAAGAAGAUGCCAUGAAGGUGUUGAGAAUAGCAACAUUAUGCACUGCCAAAAUUCCAGCUUCUAGACCCUCAAUGAGAAUGUUGGUUCAAAUGCUGGAAGAUGCAGACCCUUUCACCACAGCCAAAAUGAUUGUGACCAUAGAUGGUUGAAACAAGUUACACCAAAUAAUGAACAAUUUUUCUCUCAACACAGACAUUUCUAGUAAAUAUCUAAAUAUGUCUUGAUGUUGAGUUCAAUUUGGUGGACUUUUAUCAAGGCAGUAAUCUCUAGUUGAAAGAUGUCCUGUAGUUAGAAUGGAUUACGCUCAUAGUUUGAAACAUGUGCUAGUGAUAAACCAAGAGAGGACUAGCUCUUACCUUGUAGCUUUGUAGCAUAUGUGUAGCAGUAAUGAAAUUCUCUUUCUAAUCGAAUUAUAAUUUUCUCUUGGG